AUGCGGAUCAACGACUCAAGGGAAACACUCAGUCCACCCGAGAUUUGGUCAGCACACUCGCUCUUCCCCGAUGAAGAAAAGGCGUCACUGUUUCUCGGUGCCCUUGACACAAUAUUCCUCUUCACCUAUGCCCUGGGAUCAUACAUCAGCGGAUUUCUGAGCGAUAGAUUUAACCUGCGGUUGGUGCUAUCCGUGGGCAUGUGGCUAUCUGCUUUGGUGGCAUUUGUGUUCGGGAGCGUCACGGAGUGGCUGGGAUUCUACAACAUGCCCUUCUACGCUUUCCUCUGGGUCCUCAACGGAUUCGUUCAGUCCACUGGCUGGCCCUGCACUGUGGCUAUCAUGGGCAACUGGUUUGGCAACAAGAGCCGUGGGUUCAUAUAUGGAGUGUGGAGCUCAUGCGGCUGCAUUGGAAACAUCCUGGGGGCUGUGCUCGUCUCCACCGUCAUCAGCUACGGCUACGAGUACACGUUCCUCGUGAUGGCGUCCCUCCUGUUGUCUGGAGGAAUCAUCGUCUUUUUCGGGAUGAUCGUCUCCCCUGCUGAAGUUGGCCUGCCAUUGGCGAGCGUAGCAGAGGAGGAGACAAGUUGCAGGGAGGCGUCCGUGACGUGGAGCAACGCUUCGGAAAGCCUGCCAGUGGUGGACAUGGCGAACCAGCGCACAUACGGAACCCCUCCGGACGAUGGUCCGAGGGAGGGUUCUUCCAUACCCACGGAAAAACCUGCUUUGGGUUUCUUCAAGAUCGUCUGCUUGCCUGGCGUGGCAGUGUAUGCCUUGGCGUACGCGUGCCUCAAGCCGGUGAACUACGCCUUCUUCUUCUGGCUGCCGUACUACCUGGCCGACGAGUUCAGCUGGACCGAGGUGGACGCAAGCCGCAUGUCAAUAUGGUACGACUUUGGAGGCAUCAUUGGUGGUGCCAUGGCUGGGUUGAUAUCCGACCGCCUGGGAAAGCGGGCGCCCGUCAUUGCCCUGAUGCUGCUGCUGGCGGUUGUCACUCUGGCCUGCUACCUCAAUCCUUUCAGCAACAGAGUUUGGAAUGGAUUCUUAUUGGGUGUUACAGGGUUUUUCGUGAGUGGGACAGCUAACCUCAUCAGCUCAGCUGUGCCGGCCGACCUGGGCCAACAGGACACAAUUCAGGGCAACCGGGAGGCGUUGGGCACUGUGACUGGCAUCGUGGAUGGAACGGGCAGCCUGGGGGCUUCCGUAGGACAGGUAACUCCAAUUUCUCAUCCCCCCCCCCACCACCAUGUCUCGUUUAGCUUCAGCAUGGUGGUAGCCAGCGUGACUUUCACGACAGUUGAGAGACUGUCUGCUGACCCAAUAUAUGAAUCAUUAUCUUGA